AUUUACUAAAUAAAUAACAUCUAAUUUAUUUCCCUCACUCUGUGUGUGUGUGUCGUCAACAUUCAAUAGCAUGUCACUUGUACUAGGGAGGAUUAUAGGAGAUGUCGUCGACCAAUUCACACCAAGUGUGACAAUGGGUGUAACCUACAAUUCCCAUAACACUGUCUUUAGUGGCUACGAGCUAAAGCCUAAUCUCAUUACUUCUAAACCUCAUGUUGAAAUCGGUGGUGUAGACAUGAGAUCUUCUUACACUAUUAUCUUGACCGAUCCAGAUGCUCCAAGUCCGAGUGAUCCUUACUUAAGAGAACAUCUCCAUUGGAUGGUGACAGACAUUCCUGGUACAACAGAUGCAACCUUUGGGAGGGAGAUUGUGAGCUAUGAAAUUCCAAAGCCUGUGAUAGGAAUCCACAGGUAUGUGUUCUUAUUGUUCAAGCAAAAAGCAAGGCAAUCAGUGAGGACACCUGUUUCCAGAGAUCAAUUUAACACUCGGGUAUUCUCUCAAGAAAACGAGCUAGGGUUACCAGUUGCUGCUGUCUACUUCAAUGCUCAAAGAGAAAAUGCUCCACGUAGAAGAUAACUCUACUUCAUACACGCAUAUACUAGUAUCUGUCUGCAUGUACUCAAAACAAAACAAUAAAACCUUUACUCUAUACUUUCAUA